AUGGCAGCAUCUUUGCAUAUUUAAUUUUAUCUAGAUAAACUGAUGAAAAUUGAUCAUGAUUUAGGAGGAACAGCUGCAGCUUAGAAAAAGACAGGAGAUGAUUUUAUUAGUUUAAAAGAUUCAAUCCAUAACUUGCUGUUUAAGUUGAGAUCGAAGAUCGAAGAGAAACACAAAUAUGCUAAUGUUUAAAGAAAUCAAGAUGCUAUAAAAUUGGACAUUGAAAUAAGAGAUCUAAUCACUGAUAUUGAAAGAUUGUUAGAUAGGCUGAAUGAGGCUUUGAGAAAAUAAUCUAAAGAUAAAAAGAAAUACCCCGAGUAGAACAUCCAAGCUAAACAAAAGGCUUAUUCAAAUUACAGAUAAUAACUUUAUGACUUAUAAUAAUUGCUAGAUCCAAAUGCAGUCUUUGAUUAAUAGUAAACCAACAAUAGUGUAGAAACAGUCAGUACAUUGAAGAUGAAAUUGAUGGAUCAAGAUGGUAGAAAGCCUCCCCCAUCAUAAUAGAUGAGUUAAGAAGAGAAGGAUGCCAUCUAAAGAUGGAAAUAGAAUGAUGAGUUAAUGGAUAAAUAACUUGAUAAUCUUGUAGAUGGUACUUAAAAAUGGAAGGAGAAUGCAAUGGCGAUUGGUGGAAAAAUUGAUCAUACAAGUAAAUAAAUUGACCAUUUGACUGUUAAAGUGGAUGAAACUAAUGCAGAAUUAUACAAAUAGAAUAGCUAGUUGAAGAAGAUUGUCGAAAAGUACAGACAACCAAAUAAGUUCUGUUUGGACAUGGUUCUAGUAUUCAUACUAAUUGGAUUAUGUGGUGUAAUCUAUGUAAUCCUAAAAUGAAUGUAUCAAUACAUGAACAAUUCAUAAUUAUAACAAAUUAAAUAAUAAAAUUAAUAAUUA